AUGUCGUCGAGUUCCACGUAUCUCGAGUGCCACAACCGCGCGAAAAACCAGCACAAGUACUGGCAAAUCACCAUCAAAGGGACUUCGACGCGUGCGCACUUUGGCCGCGUUGGCACGGUCGGUGUCGAGCAAGUCAAGCGGUUUAGCACCAAAGACGAAGCCGAGGAUUAUGCGAAUGACAUGCUCAAGCAAAAGUUGCGAGGCGGAUACCGCGUUGCCCAGCCGCCAGCCGGAGGACACGGCGCCAGCAGUGGAGGCAACGACAAUGACGAUGGCGAUGAUGGCGACGGCGAUAAGGACGACGACGAUGGCGCCGAUGACGAAGCGGAUGAUGACGAUGACGAGGAUCGCCGACCAGCCGGCAAGACCGCAGCAGCCAAGAGCCGACGCUCCAACAACAACAAGCGCUCUGCUGCGAGUGCCAACGUCGCAGACGAGGACGACGAAAACCAGGACAAUGAGGACGAGGACGGAAAUCCGAGCACCAGGGCACUUGCAGGCAUGACAUUCUGCCUGACUGGGGCAAUGUCGGUCACUCGCAAAGUUAUGACCAAGCUCAUCCAACGCCACGGCGGCAGGGUUGCGAAUACUGUCACUGGCGCAGUCACGCAUCUGAUUUCGGCGGUCGAAGGCACGUCCAAGCACGAUCGCGCUCUGCUUCGUGAUGAUGUUGCCAUCGAAAGCGAAGAGUUCAUCCACGAUCUCAUCUCCAAGGCGAUCAAGAAGGCCAAGCAGCAAGCAUCGGCAAGCACCAGCAAGGCGUCGACUUCCGCCGCUGCGAAAUCUAGCAAGGCGCAGCCUGCCGCUGCGGAUGCUGACGAGGAUGAUGGCGGUCGCGAGCAUUGCUCGUUUGGUGCCCAUUCGGCUGCCGCGGCUGCACCUGUUGCACCUGUUGCACCGCUUACAUCAACCGCGGCUGCAGCACCCACCCCGAUGGUUGUGGAUGCACCUGCUGCUGCUGCUGCUGCUGCCGCCGACGAUGGUACGGACGUUGAAGAUGAUGCAACAGAUGCGGACGACAGCGAUGCCGGCCAUAGCUCGGGCUCGGACGCCUUUGUCAGCGAGUCCUUGCAGUUGGAUAACUGGGACGACGAUACCGCCAGUUCGUCGACAGCGGCUGCUUUGUCCAGUUCGAGUGCCGCGCCCGCUGCAGCUGCCGCAGCAGCAGCACCUGCCGACGAGCCAACCGACGACCGACCGCAGUGCCAGUACGGUGCGGCUUGCUACCGCCGCAAUGCCAAGCACAACGCGCAGUUCAGCCAUCCCAAGCUGCUGACGGCCUCCCCCGCCAAGCCUCCAGCGCAAGCGUCGGCUUCUUCGGGCAAGCGCGCGCAUUCUGAGGAUGAAGCCGAUGGCGGCGCCGACACCAAGCCCGAUGCUGCAUCCGCAACUGCAGCAACAACCGCCGCCGCCGCAGGUGCUGGAGCCCGCAAGCGUCUGAAAAUGGACCAGUUCAGCGACGAUGACAUUGACGAUGCCGCUGCUGGCCAGGCGAGCAAGGUGGUUGAAACGACAGAGUCGCUGGAGCGCCAGGCGCCUCGCGAUAUGCAGGAAGGCGACUCGAUCGAGAUUGCCGGUGCUGGCGCGCGCAACUACUUUCUCAAGCUGAUUGGCGGAGUGUACUCGUGCACUUGUCCGGCGUGGCGCAACCAGUCGAAAGCCAUCAACGCACGCACCUGCAAACAUGUCAUUGCAAUGCGCGGUCAGGAGGCCGAGGAUGCACGGCUCGCCGAAGCAGAGCAAGCCGGCGGAGAUGCCGACGACGACGACGGUGGUGAUGCGCGCUCUGGCAAAAGACGGGCCACCUCGCGCCCGUCCAAACCGCCCACAUCGUCCUACACGGUGGCUCCCGACUUGCUGCUGGCCCACAAGUGGUCUCCCGACCUUGCGGUAGACUUCAAGGGGUGGUUUAUCUCUGAAAAGUGGGACGGCGUGCGCGCGUACUGGGAUGGCUCCAAGUUUGUUAGCAGGCUGGGCAACACAUUCCAUGCACCCAAGUGGUUUACGCAAGGCUUGCCCACAGACUGCACGCUCGACGGGGAGCUGUGGUGCGGGCGCAACAAGUUCCAGCAGACGGUCAGCAUUGUCCGUCGCAGCGACAUGUCCUCGGACUGGCAACGUGUCAAGUACCUCGUUUUCGACAUUCCCUCGCUGAAAAAACCGUUCGAGAAGCGCAUCGAGCAUCUCACGCAAGUCGUCUUGCCGGCCGCAAACGGCUCCACGUACUUGGAGAUUGUCGACCACGUCCCGUGCAAGGGCGACGACCACAUCAAGAAGGAGCUGCAGCGCGUUGAAGCCCUGGGCGGCGAAGGUCUGAUGCUGCGCAAGCCCGGUUCCAUGUACGAGGGUCGCCGCUCCAUGACUCUGCUCAAAGUCAAGUCCUUUGAGGAUGCGGACGCCAAGGUGAUUGGCCACAACCAGGGCUCAGGCAGGCACCAGGGUCGGCUCGGAGCCCUGGUCUGCAUUUUGGCGGACGGGACUCAGUUCAAUUGUGGUUCGGGGCUGUCGGACCAGCAACGCAACAAGCCGCCGCCGAUUGGAAGCGUCGUCAUUGUGCGUUACCAGGAGCUGACGGCUGGCAAAGUCCCACGAUUUCCAGUCUUUGUCGGAGUUCGUGCCGACGCUGUCUGGCCCCCGCAGGCUUGA